AUGGGGAAAAAACGCGUUUUGGUGAGCUGGGGUGUUGACGUUGACGCUGUUGCAGGAUGGCUGGGCUCCUACGGAGGAGAGGACUCAACAAACGACAUCAGCAGAGGCAAGACCAAUUUUCGCAUGCUAAAGAUGUUCGAUAAAUACAAUAUCAAAGCAACCUGGUUCAUUCCGGGUCAUACUCUUGAAUCAUUUCCAACGGAGAUGGCGGCAGUGCGAGAUGCUGGUCAUGAGAUUGGGCUGCACGGUUACUCACAUGAGAACCCAGCGGACAUGACGUUGGAACAACAGCGAACUGUUCUCGAUAAAACCUAUAGGCUGCUUACUGACUUCUGUGGCAAACCACCAAAAGGUAGUGUCGCGCCUUGGUGGGAAGCAAGCGCCGAGGGAGCACAGCUACUGCUGGAUUAUGGAAUCGAGUAUGACCAUAGUCUGAGCCAUCAUGACUGCCAGGCGUAUUAUCUUCGAACUGGAGAUUCUUGGACCAAGAUUGACUAUAGCAAACAUGCAAAUGAAUGGAUGAAACCCUUGGUCAAUGGCAAGGAAACUGGGCUGGUAGAGAUUCCUGCAAACUGGUACAUCGAUGAUCUUCCGCCGAUGAUGUUUAUCAAAGCCGCGCCAAACAGCCAUGGAUAUGUAAACCCGCGAGACGUCGAAGAUAUUUGGAGAGAUACUUUUGACUAUUGCUACAGAGAGUAUGACGAGUUUAUAUUUCCCAUCACUUGCCAUCCCGACGUCUCCGGUCGGCCACAGGUUAUCUUGAUGCACGAACGCCUUAUAGAGCAUUUCAAAAAGCAUGAGGGCGUGGAAUUUGUGACCAUGGGUUACAUUUCUGACGAUUUCAAGAAGAGAAAUGCUCUGGCGGCCGGCGUUGUAACGCCGGCCCCAGCGGGCUCGAUUUUGGGACAAAAGCCAUCUUGUUAA